UUCCUUCUCCUGCUGCUCUCAGGGGGAGCUCUGCGAGGAGAUUCUCAGGAAAACGCAGAUAAGCCCCGUCUGGUUAUAAAAAGGGAGAGUUUGGGACCAACCCUGCAGUUUUUUUUCUUCAUCCAUCCUCACGUGUCCAUGGGCUUCGAGGAGAGGAACGAGAGACGCUGAUCGGAGCCUGCCGCGAUGGCGAUGGGCAGGAUGUGGCGGCUCCCAGCUUGGCUGGCUCUCUUCUGUGGUCUUUCCACCGCAACUUUCCGUGGCAAGGAAUUCUUCACUGCCUUCCUGCAGAACAACGAUGAAGGCAUCUACCCCGACCUCCAGCUCAUCUUCACGGCUUACUUCACCUCCACCAAGGUGACGGUGACGGCGCACGGUGGCACCUUCACCCACACCGUCACCCUCGGCAAAGCCGAAACGGUUUCCGUCCGCAUCCCCAGGAACAUGGAGAUUGUCGGCACCCAGAUUUCGAAUAAAGUCAUCUCCAUUCAGUCCACCCAGGAGAUCUCCGUGGUCUCUGUCAGCGCCAAAAAGCACACCGUGGGUGCCACCACCAUUUUGCCCGUCGAGAAGUUGGGCGACCAAUACUACCUGGUGACGCCGGAGGACACCAGGGGAGACGGCAUGAAGGAGUUUGUUGUGGUGGCUGGGAAGACUUCGGCCAGAGUUUCCAUCAACGUCAAAGGCCAAUUUUAUUACAACGAGAGGAAUUACGCCCCUGGGUCCACCCUCCGCAUCUUCUUGCACCCCUACCACAGCUUCCAACUGCAAAGCAGCUACGAUUUGUCCGGCACCAAGAUCACGUCGGACAACGCCGUCGCGGUCCUCAGCGGACACAGCUGCGUGAAGGUUCACACCGCCUGCGAUUACGUGGUCGAGCAGCUUCUGCCGGUCGCCGCGUGGGGGAAAAUCUACGUCGUCCCCCCCAACCCCUUGCAGAAGAACGUGGACUUCGUCUACGUCGUGGCAGCUGAGAAAGCCUCCAUCACCUACAACGCGGGUACUUCGGCUGCAACCAAGGACAUCGCAGCCGGGGAGGUCCAGAAGUUCAACGUUAACCAAAAUUUGUUUCUUUAUGUGAGUGCUUCGGCUCCAAUUCAGGUGGUUUUCUUCUUCACCGGCGCCCAUAAUGGCUUGCUUGGGCAAGACCCCUUCCUACUCAACAUCCCACCCGUCUCCGCCUACUGCACAUCCUACCGGGUCAGCAGCCUGGAUGACUACGAGAACCACGUGGUCCUCAUCGCCCAUAAUGCGGACGCCAACGCCGUCACCCUCAACCAGAAGUCGGACAGUACCAUCUCCUGGCAAGCGAUUCCCGGCACAGACUUCUCCUGGGCCACCGUCACCAUGAGCGAGCCAGGAGAAAUCCAGAGCGCCGAGAACCGGUGGGCACCCUUCGGGCUCCUGGUCUUCGGCUUCCAGAAUUACGCCGGUUAUGGCUUCGCUGGUCUUUGCGCCGCGACUUCUGCUCCACAUUCCUGUGAAGAUGAGGGCUGCGAGAGAGUGGACAGGGAACCCAGGUACAUCCAAGAAACUGCCUCGACCUGCUGGGCCACCGGCGAUCCCCACUACCAAACCUUUGAUGGGAAAGCCUUUGAUUUCAUGGGCACGUGCACCUACACCUUGACCAAGACCUGUGAUUCGGAUCCGACCCUGCCUGUCUUCAGUGUCGAGGCCAGAAACCAACAGAGGGGUAACCCAAAAGUCUCCUACAUCGACUCCGUGACCAUCUGUGUCUAUGACAUUACCAUCACCGUGGUCAGGUCUGAGAAUGGGAUCGUGAGGGUGAACAACCAUCGCUCCCACCUCCCCAUCUCCCUCGCCCAAGGGAAACUUCACCUGCAGCAGAAGGGCAAGUCCCUGCUGAUUAAAACCGACUUCAGGCUGAAGAUCCUCUACAACUGGGAUGACCACGUGGUGGUGAAGCUCCCCAGUACGCUCUUCGGCAAAGUGUGCGGGCUGUGCGGCAACAGCAACGGCAAAGCCUUCGACGAUGCCCUCAUGCCCGAUGGCAACCUGGCGCAGAACCCUGUGGAGCUGGGCCAGAGCUGGAAGGUGCCCAAGAGCCAUCGCUGCUGGGACAGCUGUAGCGGGGACUGCAGACGUUGCCGACGGGACGAAGAGGCAAAGUACACCGGGGAGACGUCGUGUGGGUUGCUCACCCAACGCUCGGGGCCGUUCGCGCGCUGCCACGCCACCAUCAGCCCCAACGUCUACCAGAAAAACUGCAUCUACGACCUCUGCAUGAACGACGGGCUCCACAUCAAGCUGUGCCAAGCCCUCAAAGCCUACGCGGAUGACUGCCAGGAGGAGGGAAUCACCGUUUCUGACUGGAGGACGCUGGCACGUUGUCCUCUCUCCUGCCCGAAGAACAGCAAUUACACCGCGUGCGGCACCGCCUGCCCCGCCACCUGCAACAACGGCGCGAUGCCCGCCGACUGCGCUGCCUCUGCCUGCGUGGAGACCUGCGAGUGCCAGGAGGGCUUCGUGUUUGACGCCGACGAGUGCAUCCCCCAAGGCGAGUGCGGCUGCGUCUUCGAAGGUCUCCUCCACGGCCUCCAUGAAGAGUUUUGGGGUGACAGCGCCUGCACCAAACGCUGCAUCUGCGAUGCGAAAUCCCGCAGGGCCGUCUGCCGUUCGGCCAGCUGCCAUGCCGAGGAAGAGUGCCGGGUGGAGGACGGCGUUCGGGGUUGCUACCCCAAGAGAUACGGGACCUGCGCAGCGACCGGUGCCACCCACUACGAGAGCUUCGAUGGCGGGAAGUUCAUCUUCCAGGGUACGUGCAUGUACCAGUUCGCUGGGUUGUGCCAGAAGAGCCAAGGUUUGGUGGACUUCCAGGUGCUGGUGCAGAACGGCCGCCAGGACAACGAACUUCUGUCCUCCGUCGCUCUCGUGAUGGUCAAAGUCUACGGCAAAACCAUUGUGAUCAGCCAGGAACACCCCGGCAAAAUCACGAUCAAUGACCGGUUGGUCAACCUACCAUAUUACCAGAGAGAUAGGAAGAUCUCCAUCUACAGAGAUGGGCAGGAAGCGGUGGUAGAGACAGACUUUGGCCUCACUGUCACCUACGACUGGCAAAGCCGAGUCACCGUGUCGGUGCCCAGCACUUACGCAAACACCCUGUGCGGCCUCUGCGGGAACUACAACGGGAAGGCGGGUGACGAGAUGAUGAUGAAGAACGGCCAAGUGACGUCAAACCCCGACGCCUUUGGACGCAGCUGGAAGGUGACCGACGUCCCAGGUUGCGUGGAGCUGUCGAAGGUGGAAUGUCCUGCCAUGGCAGCGGCUCUGCGGCGCCAGGAGGUCUUGAAGUUGGGUUGUGGGAUCAUUCCGCAAGUGGACGGACCCUUCGUAGCUUGCCAUGCUCUUGUAGAUGCCAACAAAUACUUCCAAAACUGCGUCCAUGACUUUUGCCUCUUUCCGCACCAAGAAGGUGUGGUAUGCCGGAUCAUCGCCCGUUAUGCCGCUGCCUGCCAGGCUGCCGGCGUGAUCAUCGGGAAGUGGAGGACAGACGAUUUCUGCAGUAUUUCGUGUCCUGCGAACAGCCACUACGAGCUCUGCUCCCAGAGCUGCACGCAGACCUGCAGCAGCAUCUACACCCCGGUGAAGUGCUCAGAGCGGUGCAGGGAGGGCUGCGUGUGCAACGACGGCUUUGUGCUCAGCGGUGACGAGUGCGUCCCCAUGUCCCAGUGCGGGUGCCUCCAUCAGGGCUUCUACUACAAGGCGAAGGAGACCUUCUUCCCCACCAAGCAGGAGAAUUGUCAGUGCCAGGCCGGCGGCGUCGUCGACUGCCAAGAAAUUCCUUGCCCGGGAGACAGCGAAGGCAAACUCAUCGAUGGCGUCUUCCAAUGCCAACCCGCCACGCUCAGGGCCUGCGUAGCCACCGGUGACCGCAACUAUCUCUCCUUCGAUGGGCUGGCUUUCAACAUCUCGGGCACCUGCUCCUACGUCCUCACGAAGACCUGCGGCGGCGACAGCGUCAAACCAUUUGUCGUGAAAAUCGAGAAGGACGGCCGGCAGAAGAGGAAGGCCUCCGGCAUCCAAGCGUUGUCUGUUGAAGUCUACGGGCUCACGUUGACCUUGACACGAGGCAAGAAGGGAGAUGUCAUGGUGGACUCCAUACUCCACCACCUCCCGGCCAUCCUGAGCAAGGGACGGGUCCAGGUGCACCAACACGGGACGGGCGUCCUCCUUCAGACCGACUUCGGCCUUGUCAUACGCUAUGACCUCCACCGCCACGUGGCGGUCACGGUCCCGCAGAGCUACCAGGGCCACCUUUGCGGGCUGUGUGGCAACUACAACGGGCAACAGAAGGACGAUUUCCGCCUCCCCGGUGGCCAACAGGCCGCCAACGCGAUGGUCUUUGGUUCUGCCUGGAAAACGUCCGAUGCGUCUUGCAGCGAUGAGUGCCCCAAGGACAAGUGCCCCGUCUGCACAGAGGAGAGGAAGGUAGUCCUCCAGAAACCCAACUACUGCGGCAUCCUCACGUUACCGAAAGGUCCCUUCGACUCCUGCCACAACCUCGUCAAGCCAGACCUAUAUUUCCAAGCCUGCCUCCACGAUCUUUGCCUCACUGGAGGGGACACCCGUGUCCUCUGCCAGAGCAUCCAGAGCUACGCCACUGCUUGCCAAGACGCCGGUGGCGUCAUCGCGGCUUGGAGAAGACCGUCCUUCUGCCCCCUCAGCUGCCCGGCCAACAGCAACUACUCCCUCUGCACCAACCUCUGCGUCAACAGUUGCACAGGGCUUGUGGAUUCUUCCAAAUGCCCCAAAACCUGUGUCGAAGGCUGCCACUGCAAUAAAGGGUUCACCUUUGAUGGACGUGGCUGCGUUCCCGAGGACAAAUGUGGAUGCUUUGUGGAUGGGAAAUAUUAUAAGCCCCACGAGUCGGUCUUGAAGGAUAACUGCCAGCAGCGUUGCACGUGUGUCCCUGGCAAGGGCUUGACUUGCAGCAGCCACAGCUGCACCGAUGAUGAAACCUGUGAAAUCCGGGAUGGGAUCUUGGGUUGCAUCAAUCGAAAUCCCUGCAAAGCCCUUCGGUGCCGGCCCAAGGAGAGGUGCAAGUUGAAGGGUGGCCAAGCCAAAUGUGUCCCAUCCCUGGUUGCCAGCUGCUGGGCUUGGGGGGACCCCCACUACCACACCUUCGACGGGCUCGAUUUCGACUUCCAAGGCACUUGCACCUACACCAUAGCCGAAUCCUGCGGGAACGACACCACAUUGGUGCCCUUCAAGGUGGAGGGCAAGAACGACAUCCGUGGUGGGGUGAAAUCUAUCUCCUACGUGAGCUUGGCCAACAUCAAGGUCUACGGCCAACACGUCUCCAUCCACCUGAGGGAAGUGGGCAAAGUCAGGGUGAACGGGGUGGUGACGCUGCUCCCGGUAAGCCUGGAAGACGGCAAGGUGCAGGUCUUCCAGAGCGGGCUCAGAGCCGUGCUGGAGACAGAUUUUGGGCUCCGGGUAACGUACGACUGGAACUGGCAUCUGCAUAUCGACCUCCCCAGCAGCUACUACAAACACACUUGCGGUCUCUGCGGCAAUUUCAACCUCAAGCCCGAGGACGACGUCCCCGAGGGCGGCAGCGACCUCAACACCUUGGUGGCCUGGGCCGGAGGCUGGAAAGUCCUCGACGACGACGACCCGUUUUGUUGGGAUUAUUGCGAAGGCACCUGCCCGGUGUGCGAGGAGGAGAAAAAAGAGCUGUACGGGGGCAACCAGUACUGCGGUCUCAUCAAAAAAAGCUUCCAGGGGCCCUUCAAGGCUUGUCACAACAUCGUCAAGCCCCAGGAGUUCUACCGCAACUGCCUCUACGACGUGUGCAUGAGCAACGGGGCGAAGAAAAUCCUCUGCCAGGUGCUGGAGGCUUACGCGUCCACCUGCAAGAAGCACGGAGCCGUCGUGCAUGACUGGAGGACGCCGUCGGGCUGCUCGUUACCCCUGCCCCAAAAACAGCCACUACGAAGCCUGUGGCAACGCCUGCCCGGCCACGUGCACCAACCAGGAUGCGCCCGCCGCUUGCACCCAACCCUGCGUCGAGACCUGCGCCUGCAACGAGGGCUACGUCCUCAGCGGCGGCCAAUGCGUGGCGGUGGCCAGCUGCGGCUGCACCCACGACGGUCGUUACUACCGUCCCGGUGAAGAGUUCUGGGCCGACGAGACCUGCAAAUCUCGGUGCAGGUGUGACGCCGAUUUGGGCAUGGUGGUGUGCAAGGAAGCCGGUUGCAAGUCGGGCGAGAGGUGCGCCGUGGUGAAGGGCGUGCGGCAGUGCGUGGCCAAGAGCCG